AUGUCCCGACUUCAGAGACCCGCAGGCCCUUGCCGGACCGUGUCCGCUAGCAGUUUCGCAGAGACCUUUGACAUUGCUCGAAGGAAUCUCGAGGACAAGAUUUCUCAUGAACAGCCGGCUUCCCCAGACAUUCUCUCCGACUCAGAGCCGGCCUCACCGGCGUCUUUGGCUACGCCGCAGGCGGGAACCCCGGCGAGCCUUGCGACUCCCUUGACCGACCCGGUCACUCCUUUCAAUGCCGAUGAGGAGGUUGCCGACAACUUCGCCUUCGCCUUCGACAUUGAUGGCGUUCUGGUUCGGGGUGGCAGUCCCAUCCCUGAGGCCAUCGAGGCCAUGAAGAUGCUGAACGGUGAGAAUGAGUACGGCAUCAGAGUACCAUACAUCUUCCUCACCAACGGCGGCGGUAAGACUGAGGCCGAGCGUUGUGUUGAUCUCUCACGACAGCUGGAACUUGAAGUGAGCCCCGGUCAAUUCAUCUGUGGUCACACUCCCAUGAGGGAGCUUGCCCAGAAGUACCGUGGUGCUGUUCUGGUUGUUGGUGGCGAGGGUGAGAAGUGCCGUACAGUCGCUGAGGGUUAUGGCUUCCGCGACGUUAUCACACCUGGUGAUAUCAUCAAGGCCAACUCAGCCGUCGCUCCUUUUCGGAAAUUGACAGACCUUGAGCACGCCAACUCUCGAGAUCUCCUCGAGCGUGGCGACCUUAAGGACAUUGUCAUCGAAGCUGUCUUUGUCUUCGCUGACAGCCGUGACUGGGCAUCUGAUCUGCAGAUCAUUCUAGACAUUGCUAUGUCUAAGGGUGGCCGGCUCGAGACCCGAUCUGAGACCUUCGAUGAGGGCCCGCCAAUCUAUUUCUCUCAUAACGAUAUCGUCUGGUCUGCUGCACAUGAGCACGUCCGUCUUGGAAUGGGUGCUCUACGCAAGAUCGUCGAGACUGUCUUCUCCGAUGUCACCGGAGGCAAGAAACUAAAGACUCAUGCCUUCGGCAAGCCACAGGUCAGCACUUUCGAGUUUGCAACUCGCCUGCUGCAACAGUGGCGCGCCACUCAGCAUGGUCUUGUCGACUCCAAGCCGCCAGAGACUGUCUACUUUGUGGGUGAUACCCCUGAGUCUGACGUACGCGGUACCAACGCCAUGGACGCCAAGUCCGACAACACCUGGUACUCCAUCCUCGUGAAGACUGGUGUGUACCAGGACGGCACUGAACCGGCAUACAAGCCACGUGCCACCGUGGAGACCGUGCUGGAUGCUGUCCGUCAUGGCAUCGACCGCGAGAUGCAUGCUCGCAGGGUGAGGGAAGCCAAGAUGUUGCUCAAAUCUGACGAGUCAGGCGAGAUGAUCGAGAAGCUCGCUCGCAUCGAAAUCCGGGAGCAGGCUCCUGACGGAGUCCUGCCUGUGGCAUGA